AUGUCGGCAGCUAUCAACCGCUCUUUGACCACCGUCAAGACCGUAAGUGCAUUGCACAUCCUGAGCUCUUUGCCAGAGAAAUAUAUAGAGGGAAUGCCGCCAAAGGACGUGGGCGCCUCAGACAACUUGCAGCCUGCCGCUCCACCAGCCUAUGCCCAAUCCAGUUCUUCUCCAAGCCCAGCCGAGUAUGCCGAGGCACUCUAUGACUACAAGCCCCAACAGCCGGAAGACUUGGAACUCAGAGCAGGAGAUAAGAUCACUGUGAUUGAAAAAGUGAGCACCGCAUGGUGGAGGGGCAGCCUCCGUGGCAGGACCGGAAUGUUUCCUGCAAACUAUGUCAAGCUACUUGGAAUGGCUCCAACCCCUGCCGCAACUCCACAGCCAUACCAGCAGCUACCAAUUUCUCCAAUGUAUGCUCCGCAACAACAGCCUGAAGAGUACACGCCGAUGACCGUCGCCGGACAGCCCCAGGGAGGACAGCAUAACGCCGUGUUCAAGAAGUUCGGGUCGAAACUCGGUAACGCAGCCAUCUUUGGUGCCGGUGCUACAAUAGGAAGUGACCUGGUCAACUCCAUUUUCUAA